AUGGGAAUAGAGAAAACUGAUAUUAUACCGUGGUAUACGCCACAUUCAUGUUGUCGAUUCUUGAAAUUCCGUUUCGAAAUUCUUACCCGCGUUAAACGGGAUGUGCUGUCAAAAAUGCUGGAAGAAAAUGUGUGCUCAAACUGUCUGAAGCAAAGUGAUGUUCACCUCGUUUGUCUUGAGUGCAGUCAUGUACAGCUUUGUAUUCCUUGUUAUUGUUAUGGCGCUGAGUCUGGGAUGCACAAGAAGAAUCAUGGUUAUCGCAUUGCGAGGGCUACUUUGUUACCUAAUUCCGUACUUGAAGGUUGGAGUUCUGAAGAAGAAUUAAACCUUUUGGAAGCCUUAGAACAGUAUGGGAUCGGAAACUGGGAGGAUAUAGCCAUAAAAGUAGAAACCAAAAGUGCUGAUGAAUGCAUGCGUCAUUAUUGCAAUCGUUAUUUGAAUGAAGUUUUUGGCUUGGAAUUAUUAAAUGAUAACAAAUAUUCUUCUCGAAUCACAGACCAUACAAACUAUAAUAUAGUGUCGUCUCCAGUACAAUCAUCAUAUUCUACAUAUAUCGAUAUUGAGGAUCAACAGCUGUUAGGUUAUAUGCCAAAUCGUGGGGAUUUUGAACGGGACUAUGACAAUGAUGCUGAAAGUAUUCUCUGUCGUUUGCAUCCAAGUUUCUCCCACGAUGAUCUCGAAGAUGCUUUAAAAGUUGCACAAGUCAAUAUAUACAUGCAGAGGUUACGGGAACGUCAAAGACGUAAAGAGAUUGCUUGUGAACAUUCCUUAAUACCGCAUAUUUUGGCGUUUAUUCUUAAUAAACGUGUCAAAAAACGUGCACCUGUAGGUGAUGUUAUUAUAGAAGAUACACCCAUAAAAAAGAGACCUCGUGGACGUCCACGAUCAGUAAAUAAACUAUUAUUACAGAGUAAGCUGGUCAAUAAAACUACACCUGUUACAAGAAUAUCUAACAUUCACGAGUCUGCAAAUAAGGAUCCCGGUAAUAAACCGCCUCCAAACAGUUGGCUAGCUGCUCCUUUCAUUCUUCAGUCUUCAGGACCAACAAAAGGUGCACCGAUUAUAGUAAAUACUCCAUCUGAUGUUACAAGUGAUCAUCAUAUGACAAAUGAGUGUAAAGGUGAAUAUACGUCGACUAAUUGCAAAAUACGAACAGGAAACUCUAUUGGAGAUUUUAAUGGAUUUUAUUUAAAUGAAAAGUUGAAACCAUUUCUAAGAUAUUUUACUGGCAUGCAAGGCAAACAUUUUAUAGAGAAUCUUUAUAAAGAAGAGUUAAUUAAGCAUGAAAUAAAGUAUCUACUGGAAUUACGAGCCAAAGGAAGAACGCAAUUUAUGAGUAUGAAAAUUAAAUUUCCAUUAUUCAAAAGUUCAGUAUAUCAUCAUCUUCGAAAUCGAAGUAUUACUGAUCAACCUGCAGAACAAACGACAACAACCAUAACCAGUUCAGGACAUGGGAAUGGUCGGGACCAGCAGCAGCAGCAACAACAACAGCAUUCACGCCGUUUCUAUCAAGUGAAAAAGAAACGACGUAGACAUACAAAUACACCAUGGUAUAUGAAAGUACAGCGUAGAGUUAAACAGUAUAAAUGA